UGAAUCUCAGACGAGCAGAUGGGGCGAGGAAACAUCCUUUGUAAUUUUUCUGAGUGAAAUGGAAGAGGGGAAAAUAAAGGAGGAAACCCAGAACUAAAUUUCGCAGAAAGUGCACAAGGCCCCCAGCAAUUUUCUUCUCCGCAAGCUCGUCAAACCCCUGAGAAGAAGCUCCCGUCCGGAGGGCGAGCAUGGUCAUGGCGGCGAGGAGGUGCGUCCUGUACGCGGCAUUGUCGCUGCUGGUGCUGGGAUCUUCUCUGGGAUCGUCUGCCGGAAGCCCCGAGUCGUCCUUCGUGAAGAAGACCAUCGCCUCUCACAAGAUCGUCAUCUUCUCCAAGUCCUAUUGCCCGUACUGCAGGAGGGCAAAGGCUGUAUUCAAGGAAUUAAACCAGAUACCUCAUGUUGUUGAGCUUGAUGAGAGAGAUGAUGGAUGGAAAAUUCAGGAUGCCUUAAGUCAAAGAAUAGGGAAACGUACUGUACCCCAGGUGUUUAUAAAUGGCAAGCAUAUUGGAGGUUCCGAUGAUACAGUCGAAGCAUAUGAAAGUGGUGAAUUGAGUCAGCUCCUAGGAAUUGAUGGAAAAGAGGAGGAAGAACUGUGAGGAAGUGUUUUGUGAAUGGAUAAUUGAGCAUUACUUCUAGUACUGGGCAUUUAGUGCCAUGAAGGAAAAAUUCUGCUGAGGAUAUGGAUAAGUACACAUGGCUCGAAUUACAUUGGCUCUUCGAUUUUUCUUUGGUAUAAUUGUAGCAAGUGCUAUAUUAUGUGUACUUUUUUGGUUUUAUGGAAGACUUUGGACUUUCUGGGAAGGGACUUGCUCUCUUAUGCAAUUUCAUGCCAUCUGGGGCGUUUCUUCUUUCAA